AUGCAGUGCUAUACUGAGCUGUUGCCCCCAACAGGGAUCACUCAUGCAUUAGCGGUUCCUUUUCUUUCUGCAACUGCCAGAAAUUUGGUCGUCGUCAGGACAUCGCUUCUUCAAAUAUUCUCUCUGCGCACUGUACCAUCAAGUCCGGACGACCCAGGCGAAUGGCCAGCACAGAAGGGGCAGGACACUCAGAAACUGGUCUUGGAGAGGGAAUAUCAGCUCCCCGGAACGAUAACUGAUUUUUGUCGUGUUAGGAUCUUGAAAACGAAGAGUGGCGGAGAUGCAAUCCUUCUUGCCUCCCGAGAUUCUAAACUGAGCUUGAUCGAAUGGGAUCCAGAGCGCCACGGCAUUUCCACCGUUUCUAUUCAUUAUUACGAGCGUGAUGAUAUGACCAUUAGUCCAUGGGUAUCCGAUUUGGGCAGUUGCGGCAGUAUGUUGAGCGCAGAUCCGAGUAGUCGAUGUGCGGUAUUCCAAUUUGGCGCUCGAAAUCUUGCUAUUAUACCUUUCCAUCAGCCUGGAGAUGAUUUGGUGAUGGAUGACUAUGGGUCCGAAUUCGGCGCCGACAACAAAUUGGACGGAAACUCGAAGGCCCAUGAUGAAGCUAAAAGUGAAAGCGACAUCGCAUAUCAAACUCCAUAUGCAUCAUCGUUCGUCUUGCCUUUGACUGCAUUGGAUCCUUCCGUCAUCCAUCCCAUAAGUCUGGCUUUCCUUUAUGAGUAUAGAGAACCAACCUUCGGCAUAUUGUACUCGCAAAUCGCAACAUCAGAUGCUCUUCUUCACGAAAGAAAGGAUGUUGUCUUUUAUACGGUUUUUACGCUUGACUUAGAACAACGUGCAUCUACAACCCUACUCUCUGUUACUAGACUGCCUAGUGACCUGUUUAAAGUGGUAGCCCUUCCACCCCCUGUAGGAGGAUCGCUACUUAUUGGAUCAAACGAACUUGUACAUGUCGACCAGGCCGGGAAAACUAACGCUGUCGGGGUCAACGAAUUUUCGAGACAAGUAUCCUCGUUUUCAAUGACUGACCAAUCCGAUUUGGCCAUUCGUCUCGAAAACUGUGCUGUGGAACGGUUUACUGAAGGUAAUGGGGACCUUCUUCUGGCGCUAUUCACAGGGGAGAUGGCUCUAAUUAGCUUUAAGCUCGAUGGAAGGUCUGUCUCUGGAUUAUCGGUUCGCCUUAUGCCUGCCCAUGCAGACAUGUUUCUGGCUUCGACUGCUUCAUGCUCCGCUUUCCUCGGUAAUGGAAAGGUUUUCUUCGGUAGUGAGGAUUCGGAUUCGGUGCUAUUAAGCUGGUCGUCUAUGUCUUCGGUAACAAAGAAGUCUAAGUCACAGGCGAGACACAGUAUCUCAGGGGACUUUCCAGAUGAUGAUGAUCAGAGUGAAGAUGAUGCUUAUGAAGACGACCUAUACUCUUCGGCACCUGACAGGACGGCCGACAACAGUCAAGAGGUGCCCAUUAAUUCGUCAGCCGUUGAGCUUGGCGAUUUGCGGAUUCAUGACAAGCUAUUUAGCCCUGGCCCCAUCAAUGAUGUUGUGCUUGGGAAGAGCUCCGAAGUCUCUCCAAACAGUGACGGAGUGGCAGAGACUGCGCUAUCUGAACUUGAGUUAGUGGCAGCCCAAGGCUCGGAUGGGGGUGGUGCGCUGGUGAUUAUGAAACGGGAGAUCGACCCCUGCAUUGUAGCAUCAAUGGCCACAGAUUCAGCGGACUCUCUUUGGACGGUAUCCCUGACACAAGCACCAUCGGACGGCGGCAAUCAGAAACAGCACGACUAUGUCAUACUAUCAAAGCAGGAAAGCAAUGACAGGGAAGAAUCCGAGGUAUUUAUCUUGGAAAAUAAAUUAAGGCCAUUCACGGCGCCUGAGUUCAAUCCAAACCACGAUUUGACCAUAGAAAUUGGAACCCUGCAAGCCAAGAAUAGGGUGAUCCAGGUGUUGAGGAACGAGGUGCGAAGCUAUGAUGCUAAUCUUGGGUUGGCCCAAAUUUACCCCGUAUGGGAUGAGGACAACAGCGACGAACGAGCGGCUAUCUGUGCGAGUCUCGCCGAUCCUUACUUGGCAAUUAUAUGCGACGAUUUAACAUUACUUCUGCUCCAAGCUGAUGACAGCGGAGAUCUUGACGAAAUGACGGUAGCCCAGGAUGCUGCAAGUCAAAAGUGGCUGUCCGCUUGCUUAUACACUGAUAAGACUGGUUUCUUCUCCAAUUCCAAAUCGCAUCGAGGAAACCCGGACCCCCAAAACAUAUUUUUGUUUUUGUUGAACCAGGAUCAUCAGUUACAUAUAUACCGGCUUCCUGACUUAAAAUUAAUGUCAACCAUCGAAGGAGUCGGCUCUUUAUCACCUAUUUUGUCUACUGAGCCCCCGAAGCGAUCUACAACACGUGAGAAUUUAAUACAACUGGUUGUUGCGGAUCUUGGGGACUCUAAAUGCUGCCUGCCCUACUUGAUUUUACGAACCGGGAGCGACGAUUUAGUUGUAUAUAAGCCAUUUUUGACCGAUUUCCCGUCAGAAGAGUUGGCCGGCCUAAGGUUUCUGAAAGAAGCAAACCAUGUUCUUCCAAAAAUUCCGACUACAUCAGAUGACUGGCAAUCGGGGCCUAGACCACUUCGCGUCUUGCCAAACAUCUCAGGCUGUUCCAGUGUCUUCAUUCCCGGGUCUUCAGCGGGAUUCGUUUUUCGAACUUCGGCCACAUCGCCACAUUUUAUUCGCUUGAGGGGAGACUAUACGAAAGGGCUGGGUUGUUUUAGCUCUCCCGAUAAAGGAUUCGCUUAUCUUGAUUCAGAUGGCCUCGCUCACCUAGCUACACUCCCCCACGGGACGCAGAGUGGCUACUCAUGGGCAUUCAAAAGGGUGCUAAUAGGGGAACAAAUCGACCAGCUAACGUAUUCGUCCACUUCUAAUACUUAUGUUCUGGGAACAUGCCAUAGAUCUGGGUUUAAAUUACCAGACGAUGACGAACUGCACCCCGAAUGGCGCAACGAAGUGAUAUCUUUUUUGCCGGAAGUACAUCAAAGCUCCCUAAAGGUCGUAAGCCCUAAGACGUGGACUGUUAUUGAUAGCUAUCCGCUGGAACCUGCUGAGCACAUAAUGGCCCUGAAGACCAUGAGCCUUGAGGUAUCAGAGAAUACACACGAACGCAGGGAUAUGAUUGUGGUGGGCACCUCGCUGGCACGUGGAGAGGACAUACCAUCACGUGGUUGCAUAUAUGUUUUUGAGGUCAUUAAGGUAGUUUCUGAUCCAGAUCAACCGCAGGCCAAUCACAGAUUGAAGCUCGUUGGCAAAGAGCCUGUGAAGGGGGCUGUGACCGCGCUAUCCGAAAUUGGUAGUCAAGGCUUCUUGAUUGCCGCACAAGGACAGAAGAGUAUGGUUAGAGGCCUGAAAGAGGACGGAAGUCUUCUCCCCGUUGCAUUUAUGGAUAUGCAGUGCUAUGUCAGUGUGGUGAAAGAGCUCAGAGGGACUGGGAUGUGUAUACUUGGAGACGCAGUGAAAGGCCUCUGGUUUGCAGGCUAUUCGGAGCCUUACAAAAUGAGCCUCUUUGCCAAGGACCUGGAUUACCUUGAAGUCUUGGCGGCUGAUUUUCUUCCCGAUAACAACAAGCUGUUCAUCGUUGUCGCUGAUAGCGAUUGCAAUCUUUAUGUACUUCAGUACGACCCUGAGGACCCGAACUCGUCGAACGGCGACAAACUAUUGAAUCGCAGCAAAUUUCAUACUGGAAAUUUCGCCUCCGGUGUAACUCUCCUACCGCGCACUCUAGUUUCCUCCGAGCGUGUCAUGUCCGGCUCAGACGACAUGGACAUGGAUAGUGUAGCUCCUCUCCAUAAUGUCCUUGUAACCUCACACAACGGCUCCAUCGGCCUAGUCACUGGUGUUUCUGAAGAAUCUUACAGACGUCUCUCAGCUCUACAGUCCCAGCUAACAAACUCACUCGAGCACCCCUGCGGACUUAAUCCGAGAGCUUACCGCGCUGUUGAAAGUGACGCCAGCGCCGGGCGAGGCAUGCUUGACGGCAAUUUACUCUUCCAAUAUCUAGACAUGAGCAAACAAAGAAAGGUUGAGAUUGCAGGCCGAGUUGGUGCCAAGGAAUGGGAGAUUAAGGCUGAUCUUGAGGUCAUUGGUGGAGAUGGACUUGGGUAUCUUUAA